UGCGUACCUUCAAUGGGUGAGCGACUAUAUCAAUUGCAAGUGGGAAAAUUCUUAUUUCCAUUCAAGAAAUUGGGAGCUAUCUGAUAAAAAGUGAACAUAAUCUGAAGCGUGUAAUAAAGUCUAAGUGCGAUUAGUUUGACGUGUUUUCGAUUUUUGCGACUAUAAAAUAGAGCAUACCACUAGCAAACUCUCACUAAUAUUUUGGUUUCCAGAAUGAAAGUGUAUAUUGUUCUAGCUACGUUGCUUGCCGCAGUUUGUGCCCUUCCCAUCGAGGAGCGCAUUAACGGCGAGAAUGGAUGGUACAUCCCUCGCAUUGAUGGCACCAGUGAGUGGAUGGAUCUUGAAGAGGGUGAACAGUUGCUCUCAAAUGGAGAACUGAUGGAAGGACGCAUUAGCACCAAUGCCGUAUCCUUCUACCUGUACACCAGGUCCAACCCCACCGAUGGCAAGAAAAUUGAAGCUAAAGAAUCGUCUAUUCGCGAUUCGCAUUUCAACAAGGAUCAUCCCACACGCUUUGUUAUUCACGGCUGGACUCAGAGCCAUUCCGAUUCAAUGAACACUAGAAUCACGAAGGCUUGGUUGUCCAAGGGAAACUACAACAUCAUCAUCGUGGACUGGUCUCGUGCCCGUUCCGUGGAUUAUGCCUCCUCUGUCAUUGCUGUGCCCGGUGCUGGACGCAAAGUAGGAGAAAUGAUCAAGUACCUCAAUGAGAAGCACGGCAUGUCCCUGAACAAUUUGUAUGUCAUUGGUCACAGCCUGGGUGCCCAUGUUUCUGGUUAUGCUGGCAAGACCGUCGGCGAAGGCAGAAUUCACACGAUCAUUGGCUUGGAUCCCGCUCUUCCCUUGUUCAGCUACAAUAAGCCCAGCAAGCGUCUGUCCUCCGAUGAUGCUCAUUAUGUGGAGUCUAUUCAAACCAACGGAGGCAAGUUGGGUUUCCUUAAACCCAUUGGCAAAGGUGCCUUCUACCCCAACGGAGGCAAGAAGCAGCCUGGAUGUGGAGUCGAUGUCACUGGCUCCUGCUCACACGGCCGAUCUGUAACCUAUUAUGUUGAGGCUGUCACCGAGGAUAACUUUGGCACCAUCAAGUGUCACGAUUAUGAGGAUGCCGUGGCCAAGAAAUGUGGCAGCACCUACAGCAGCGUUCGUCUUGGCGCUGAUACCAAUGCCUUUAUGGUCGAUGGAGAAUUCUAUGUCCCUGUCCACAGCAAGGAACCAUUCGGCAUGAUUCACUAAAGAACUUUUUUAAUAUCUAUAGAGAAAUAAAUGCAUCAAACUUAAAACA